AUGUCAACCAACGCUCAGCCGGUCAAGCUCUCACUACCCCUUGAAUACCAGCAGAGCCUCUUCCAGGAGCUGCGGAAUGAAGAUGAGCUGGUGGUCCUCGCCCGCGGUCUGGGUCUGAUGCGGCUCGUGACGAAUCUGCUUCAUUCCUACGACGCUGCAGGCAACAACCUCAUUAUUCUUGUCGGGGCCGAUGAUCGCGAAAACAACUGGAUUGGAGAGGCGUUGGCUGAGCACGCCGCGAUCAGCAUGUCCCCCAGCGCCAGGGGCCUCACGGUCGUCAACACUGACUUCACCAGUGUUGGCGCGCGAGAAAAGAUGUACACCCGCGGUGGCAUAUUCAGCGUCACGUCGCGCAUUCUGGUUGUCGACCUUCUGACCAAUCUCCUCGAUACCGAGAAAGUCACGGGUCUCAUUGUUCUGCACGCCGAUCGCGUCGUAGCGACGUCUUUGGAGGCCUUCAUUCUGCGAAUCUAUCGGCAGAAGAACAAAGCUGGCUUCCUGAAGGCAUUCGCCGACAACCCCGAUCCAUUCUCAACAGGCUUCUCUCCGCUGACAACUAUGAUGAGAAAUCUCUUCCUGAGGAAAGCUUCGUUAUGGCCGCGCUUCCAUGUGACGGUCGCCCAGUCGCUGGAGGGGAAGAAGACCGCAGAAGUCAUCGAACUAAACAUCUCAAUGAGUCAGGCCAUGAGGGAUAUUCAAAACGCUAUUUUGGAGUGUGUGGAAGUAAGCAUCCAUGAGUUGAAGAAGGGCAACACCGGCCUGGAAAUGGAGGAUUGGAAUCUCGACAGCGCCUUGCACAAGAACUUUGACGUAAUCAUCAGAAGGCAGCUCGACCCUAACUGGCACCGAGUAAGCUGGAAGACCCGGCAAAUCGUCAACGACUUGAGCGUUCUUCGUGGCAUGCUUCAGUCGGUCCUUACUCUGGAUGCUGUCUCGUUCUUGCAACAUCUGGAUACCAUUCACGCAGCACACUCCCCGCCUCCCGGAUCAACCAGGCAGAACCAAUCUCCCUGGCUGUUUCUAGACGCGGCCCAAACGAUCUUCGAGACAGCACGGCGAAGAGUUUACUCCGCCAGCUCUAAAGCUGCCACAGCGGAUGCUAACAUUGAUUCGCUGCGACCUGUUCUCGAGGAGCAACCGAAGUGGGCGUGGUUGGCGGACGUCUUGACGGAAAUCGACAACAGCAUGCAUUUCGACCCCCCGGUUCGCGACGACUCCAACGGCACGAUACUCAUCAUGUGCGGCGAUACCAACACUUGCCGGCAACUUCGCGACUACUUGCAAACGAUGCACUUCAAGCCAAAAGUCGAGAAGAGUCCGGCGGAAGAAGACGAGGAAGAUGAAGAUCAGCCAACCGCCGCCUUCAUGAUGCGGCGGAAACUGCGCAAUUACCUGAGGUGGAAGAAGGAGUUUGCCCAAGUAAAUGCGACUCUAUUCUCCGAGAACCAGAAAGCUUUGAACGGUGCUACUGAUCGAUCAGGUCAACGGCUUCGAGGCAAGGCACCAUCGAACAAGCGGAGGCGCAUGAGAGGCGGCGGUGCUGCGGGAACAUCGCUCGGCCGAGCCGAUAAUGGGAGUAUCCUCCAGUUCUUCGAGCGACCAGCGGAAGUCGAAGACCUCAUGGCCGAGGUGCAGAUCACGGAGGAGGAAGCGGAACAGAAGCCGGAAAUCAUCACCGAUCCUUUGGAGAAUAUGGAGGACUACUACCAGCUGUACGAGAUGCAGGAUUUGGUCGCCAUACACGCGUAUGAUGGUGAUCAGGACGAGCAUGUGUUGGAAGAGGUCAAGCCGCGUUACAUCGUCAUGUACGAGCCCGAUGCUGCCUUUAUCCGUCGGGUCGAGGUCUACCGGUCGUCUCACAACGACAGAAACGUGCGUGUAUACUUCAUGUACUACGGCGAGUCGGUGGAGGAGCAACGUUACCUGUCGAGUGUGCGACGCGAGAAGGAUGCCUUUACGAAACUCAUCAAGGAGCGAGCGUCUAUGUCGUUGGUGAUGACGGUAGACCCGCACGGCGCCGAAGACCCGCAGGAGGUCUUCCUGCGGACCAUCAACACGAGAAUUGCCGGCGGCGGACGUCUAGCCGCAACGGCGCAACCGCCUCGUGUGGUCGUCGACGUGCGGGAGUUUCGCUCGUCUUUGCCAUCGCUUCUGCACGGUCGGUCCAUGGUUGUAGUCCCCUGCAUGCUGACGGUGGGAGACUACAUCUUGUCCCCCAACAUCUGCGUCGAGCGCAAGUCCAUCAGCGAUCUGAUCUCGUCGUUCAAAGAUGGGCGCCUGUAUGCCCAGUGCGAGUCCAUGUUCCAGCACUACAAGAGCCCCAUGCUCCUCAUAGAGUUCGACCAGAACAAGUCCUUCACGCUGGAGCCCUUCGCCGACCUCUCGGGCAGCCUCAACAGCAUCGCGCCGACCAAUGUCUCGUCCGACCUGCAGUCCAAGCUCGUCCUUCUCACGCUGGCGUUCCCGAAGCUGCGCAUCAUCUGGUCGUCUUCGCCGUACCAGACGGCCGAGAUCUUUGAGUCGCUCAAGUCACAGGAGGACGAGCCGGACCCCAUCGCCGCGGUCCGCGCCGGCUUGGACAAGGAUAUGAAGGCUGAAGACCAGGCGUUCAAUCUCGAGCCGCAGGAAAUGUUGGGCUCCGUUCCGGGUGUCAACCCGAAGAAUAUCAUGCGGCUGGUCCUGGCGACGGAGAAUUUACGAGAGAUUGCGAACCUGAGCGAACGGGAGUUGGAACCAAUGGUUGGUAGGGAGGCCGGACGGCAAAUCUAUAGGUUCUUUAAUCGGAACGUGCUGGAAGACUAG